AUGAUGAAGAAAGGCGUUUUCCCCUGGAAAAGCAAUCCUACGAAAAGCCAAGAAACGCCCAGCGGCACUUGGAAACUGUUCGGGAAAUCGAACGGUGUGUCCAAGAGCACAGAAGUCCAGAAGAGCCUCACUCCUUCGUCUUCCGUCAGCAGCACCCCGCAUCAUCACAAGAGGCAAGGCAGCUCGGCGAGUGAGAAGCAAUUUGAGGAUCUCGUGGCCAGUUCCAUAGCGCUAAUACAGCAUGAUAGACCAUCAAACCUGCCGGCUAAGUGCACGGAAGAAGCGCUGCGCCAUAAAGCUGAGCAUGCACGCAUGGUCGAGGCCGCACGGCGUCGCGUGGAGCGCGAAGCGGCCGCCAGGCAUGCACGCAUGCAAGAGUCGCAUCGAAUGGAGGAGAGGCUCGCGAGACACGCCAAAGAGUGGACCCAGAAUAUUCUUCCUGAUUGGCAUAAUAUGAAGAACGCAAAACGUACACUCGAGCUGUGGUGGAGCGGUCUACCCCCCUCCAUCCGAGGUAGAGUCUGGCAACUAGCGAUCGAGAACAAACUCAAAAUCACACACGAAAUGUACCAAGACUUAGUGGACAAAGCGAAACAGAAGCUACAAGAAGCCCAACUCCGAAGAAAGCGGUUAAAAGUCAACAAAACGACAUGCGGCUGCAAGAAAGAAUUUAGCACUGACGAUAGGCUAAGUGUAAGUAGAGAAAAACUAGGAAAGAGUGACGAGAAAGCAGUAAAAAAAGACAAAAUAGCAGUAGAUAGCAAAGAAGAGAAACCAGAAGGCACGGAAAGUACGGAUUCGGAGAGAUUAACGAAUCGAGAGAAAUUUGACAGUUGCGAUGACAAACCUAGGCUUGGCAUGCCCAGAAACUAUAGCGAGCAAAACCUCAAGACCAUGAACAGUGAAACGUGUGAAAAGAAGUGCUGCUCGAAAUCGAACCCCAACCUCCUAGAGUACAGUGACGAGUGUUCCAUGGAAUUGAUACAGUUGGACAUUGCACGGACGUUUCCGCACUUGUGUAUCUUUCAGCCUGGUGGGCCCUACUUCGAUGUGCUGCAUGAGCUGCUAGCUGCGUAUGUCUGUUAUAGACCCGACAUUGGUUAUAUACAGGGUAUGUCGUUCAUAGCCGCCGUACUGAUACUGAACAUGGAGGCGCCUCAAGCGUUCGUGUGUUUCGCGAACUUGCUCGACGGCCCCGUCUUAAGAGCCGCCUUCACAAGGGACGGAGCGAUGAUGCAGCGCCUAUGGAAAGCGUAUACAGCCCUCCUCCAUCACAACCUUCCAUCACUAGCGGAAGCGGUCGCACCAGAGCUGUACUUGUUGGAAUGGUUGUACACGGCCUUCGCUAAGGCGAUGCCCCUCGACGCCGCAUGUCGGGUUUGGGACGUGUUCCUGCGGGACGGGGACACAUUUUUGUUCAAUACCGCUUUAGGUAUCCUCCACCUGUACCAAGAUGAACUUAAAGACAUGGACUUCAUAUCAGCGGCGCAGUUCCUAACCAAACUGCCCGAAGACCUUGACCCCGAAGCACUCUUUAAAAGUAUCUCCACAGUCUCCAUGACGUUAGACGGCAUGUCCUUCGAGGAGCUGGUCUCGUGCUGCCAAGUGGAAGAGACCUUGGACGAUGACGUCACCGUCAGGUUAUGA